AUGUCAUCGCGGGGUGCUUCGACGGAUGAGGCAUCGGCGGCAAGUUCACGGCCGAAAGUCAUUCGUCAUCAAAAGCGUUCGACAAAGAUCCUCAAGGACUGGUUUGCGUCACAUACGUCGCAUCCCUAUCCGACGGAAGAAGAAAAGAAAGACUUGGCCCAUCGCGCGGGUCUAAGUGUCCGCCAAGUAUCAUACUGGUUCGUCAACGCUCGUCGCCGGCGGGGCGACAAGCCCGAGGUUUCUGCCCCGGCAAGUCUUGAGACGUUGCUCUCACAACCUCUCCCGAUAAAUUCGACUGCACCUUUACCUGGUGCUUGGGAGACAAUGUCACCAUUGGAUCGGUGGCGUCAUUCCCCCCCUGAAGACGAGCCUGGCUCCUGGAACGCUAUCACCGAGGCAGUAGCUGAUAGUUUGGUAUCGGACGACUUCGGAUCUAGGCCGGGUGGAUGGAGUGAGGGUAGCAACUCGCUUCAAUUUACCUCGUCUCACAGCCAGUCUGCUAGCUCCAGCGCGUCAUCGAGCUUCAGUCACACCGCCGGUUCUAUCGCCAGCUCGGGGAGUUGGGGUUCAGUCCACGGCCUCCGUCAUCGCCCAACCCGUCGACGGCAGAAACGACAGGCCAGACAAGCGGCCAAAGUAUGCCGUAGAACCGACAAUAUUGGCCGGAUAUAUCAAUGCACCUUCUGCACCGACACGUUCAAGUCGAGAUACGACUGGACUCGGCAUGAGGGAGCCCUUCACCUCGUGCUGGAGAGAUGGACCUGCCUUCCCUUCGGUCCGCGACUCUCUGAUGAGUCCGACGGGAUACAAUGUGCCCUGUGCGGCCAGAAGGACCCUGACGAGUCACAUCUCGAGGAGCAUAAUAUCCAGCAAUGCGUUUCCAAGCCCCUGGGUACCCGAACCUUCUAUCGCAAGGAUCAUCUGCGUCAACAUCUUCGCGGCGUGCAUCGGGUUAACAAAGUGCCAACGCGAACCAUGGAUGCUUGGAAGAUAGAAAUCAAGAAGGUAAACGCCCGUUGUGGCUUCUGCGGGGAUACAUUUCAACUGUGGGCGGAUCGCAAUGAUCAUCUAGCAGACCACUUUCGCUCGGGGGCAUUGAUGAAGGACUGGAGCGGCUGCCGAGGUCUAGAUCCCGCCGUAGCCUUGCUCGUCCAGAAUGCCAUACCGCCGUACCUGAUCGGGCAGCAGUCUCGCGACCUCGAGCCGUUCAGCGCUACCAAGAAUGCCCAAGCAGCUCGUGUCUCGACGCCGGACCGACCAUGUCCUCCAACCUCGUUCGAGCUGCUGACGGCUAGACUGGGCGAGUUUGUCACCUCACAGCGUGCAAGUCAAGGGGACGUUUCAGACGAAUCCUUGCGAAGACAGGCACGGCUCGUCCUCUUCGAUGAUGACGAUCCUUGGAACCAAACGCCCGCGGACAACCCAGACUGGCUCCGAAUGUUCAAGAUGGGUUAUGGCCUAGCAGAUGAUUCAGUCAUGAAUUCUUGCCCGCUCCUAAGCGCAUGCCCGUCGGAUCUAGCGGGCCGGACAGGACUCAGUUCCCAGGACCUUUCGGUCACACAAUGCAGCCUCACACCCUUUACGCCCGAACGAAUGAGGCAAGCUGCUAUAUCAGAUUCUAGCAGUAUUCCUCUGGACCUGUUCGGGGCUGCACCCAACGGCGAAAUGGGUCUCCUCUCUUCGGUGCCUUGGUCGUGGCAAACACCUGAAUGCCUCGCCGAGUUUAGUCAGAUGGCCGACUUGCUUCCUGAGUCCGCGUGCGACAUGGGGGGAUGUACCGGCUCCGGCUCUGCGACAGCAGAUGUAGAUAACGCAGACUCCUGUCUAUAUGACGAUCUGGGUUUUGACCUGGAGAAUGCCCUGUUUGAUCUUGAGCCAUAUGGCGAGGGUUGGGGAAAGGGCUCGAGCGAAGCUUAG